AUGGCCCUUCCCAGGGGCUUUAGCUUCGGCGAGAGGCCCCCGCUUCCGACCUUGCUACGCACCGUCGGGGCACCUCCGCCAGGGUUUGCCCGGGGCUCCCGGGGCGCCAAGUCCCCCGAGGAAAAUCGGGAAAGGCCCCCCAAACCCAAACCAAAUUCCCCUUUCUCCCCCACGACUCUUUUUGGAUGCUCCACUUCCCACAAGUGCCCACUUUUGGGCCCCGCUGGACCCGCUGGGCCCCUUUUUCGGGGAACUGCAGGUUUUGGAUUUGGGGUCCACGAGGCCCCCCUGCAAAAGCCAAACCCCGGAAGCAAGGGCCCCCCUUUCACCGUGCCCCUCCCAGCUUCCGUCCAAAGGUCAAAACCCCCGCCUUACUUUUUCGUCCGGUGUCCAAAGGGCCCCGCAAGCAUGCUCAUCCAAUCGGGGCCCCUACCCGGGGUCGCGGCCCCCCGUGCUUCCCCCCCGCCCCAAAAGAGCCUCCCUGGGGCCCCCUUUAGCUGCACACAAUGCCCUUUACACCACACCAAUCUCUGUGGUGUGUCGGAAAAUCGCAUGGGGGCCAAAAUAUCAGCCCCCACUAGGGUCCUUUUUCACCCCCAGUGUUUCCCCUGUCAGGCGGGAUGGCUUUUUCCCCUCUACUGA